CACUAUAUUACUCUCUUUGAUAUAAGAUGGGUCUAAAAGGUAAGGUACUUGUCCAGGUAGAGAUAAGCUUCCAUGGAGACAUUUAUCAUCAACUCUUUAGUGAGAGACCACAUCACAUCCCCUCCAUGUGCAAAGGUAUUAUUGGUGUUGAAGGCCAAUGGGGAACUGUGGGCUCUAUCAUCCACUGGAAAUUUAGCCAUGAUGGGAAAAGCAAGACUGCAGAGGAAGUGAUUGAGGCCAUAGAUGAGAAGGAGAAAUUAGUGAAAUUUAAAGUGAUUGGAGGUGAAAUCUUGGAAGAUUAUAAGAGUUUUAUCAUAAUAUGUCAAGUUCAUACUAAUGAUGAUAACCAUUUGGUGACAUGGACUAUUGAGUAUGAGAAGCUGAAAGAAGAGAUUCCUGAGCCAUUCUCUUAUCUCGAAUUUCUUCUUGAUAUUACCAAAGACAUGGAGGAUCACCAUGCCAACUUGAAGCCAUGAAUAUGAAAUAAUAAUAAUAAUAAUAAUAAUAAUAAUAUUAAUUAUUAUGUUAAAUGGAUGCUUUGUGAUGUAUCAGUGCUUCUAUAUUGAAAGUGUGUUACGUAAAAUAAAGCAAGGAAUUAUUUCCUUGGAGUUUGCAUAAAAGAUCAUAAUGAGUUAUUGUAGUA